AAGUUCUGUUUUGCAUUAAUGCUGCGAUUCUAAUAUGAGCGUAGAAAAGAGCUCGAGAGUUGUUGAUAUUAACGUCUUAUUUUUUGCUAAAAGUCGUGAGCUAGCAAAAACUUCCCGUGCAGUAUUUGCUGUUGAGUCUGUAGUUAUUGCAGUGGAUUUGCUUAAACAGCUAAUAGAUCGCUUUGACUUGCAUACGAUUGGCCAGUCUUUAAUUCUAGCUCACAACGAAAACUACAUUGAUAACUUGGACGAAGAGAUUCAUUUACAGCAAGGAGACGAAAUUGCUGUAAUACCACCCAUAAGUGGAGGCUAAUAGAUUGCAAUGGACUACAUACAGCUAGUGAAAGACAAAAUCGACAUCCAACAAAUUCAUGAUUUGAUAAUCGACGAUGGUUGCGGAGCCUGCUCUGUUUUUGUGGGCACAACACGUGACACCUUUGAA